GGCUUUGCAGGGCAGGAGGCUGACCUCCCGGCCAGGGGUGGGAAGGACACUGCCGAGGCCCAGUGGCGCUGUCCGGGCCGGGAGACUGACGGACCGCACCCGGUAUCUUUUUGAGCCCCUGAUGUGGACGCACUUAGGGUUUCGCGACUCCGGGUUUCUCCAGGGGAUGAGCCAGCCAGUGGAGGCGCGUGAGGGAGACGAAGGGACUUCCGUUUCCUUCACCUAGGCUGGGGCCAGGCCGCAGAGCGGAGUUGGCUUUUCCAGAUUGGGGCUUGGGCCGCGCCCCCUCCGGGACCCUCCCCUUGGACCGAGCCGAUCGCCGCGGGCAGUUGGGGCCGGCUGUCCUGGCGCGGUGGACAAGUCCUAUUUUCAAGAGAAGAUGACUUUUAACAGUUUUGAAGGAUCUAAAACUUGUGUACCUGCAGACAUCAAUAAGGAUGAAGAAUUUGUAGAAGAGUUUAAUAGAUUAAAAACUUUUGCUAAUUUUCCAAGUAGUAGUCCUGUUUCAGCAUCAACACUGGCAAGAGCAGGGUUUCUUUAUACUGGUGAAGGAGAUACCGUGCAGUGCUUUAGUUGUCAUGCAGCUGUAGAUAGAUGGCAAUAUGGAGACUCAGCAAUUGGAAGACACAGGAAAGUAUCCCCAAAUUGCAGAUUUAUCAACGGCUUUUAUUUUGAAAAUAGUGCCACGCAACCUACAAAUUCUGGUAUCCAGAAUGGUCAGUACAAAGUUGAAAACUAUCUGGGAAGCAGAAAUCAUUUUGCUUUAGACAGGCCAUCUGAGACACAUGCAGACUAUCUUUUGAGAACUGGGCAGGUUGUAGAUAUAUCAGACACCAUAUACCCGAGGAACCCUGCCAUGUAUAGGGAAGAAGCUAGAUUGAAGUCCUUUCAGAACUGGCCAGACUAUGCCCACCUAACCCCAAGAGAGUUAGCGAGUGCUGGACUCUACUACACAGGUAUUGAUGACCAAGUGCAGUGCUUUUGUUGUGGUGGAAAACUGAAAAAUUGGGAACCUUGUGAUCGUGCCUGGUCAGAACACAAGCGACACUUUCCUAAUUGCUUCUUUGUUUUGGGCCGCAAUCUUAAUAUCCGAAGUGAAUCUGAUCCUGUGAGUUCUGAUAGGAAUUACCCAAAUUCAACAAAUCUUCCAAGAAAUCCAUCCAUGGCAGAUUAUGAAGCACGGAUCAUUACUUUUGGGACGUGGAUAUACUCAGUUAACAAGGAGCAGCUUGCAAGAGCUGGAUUUUAUGCUUUAGGUGACGGUGAUAAAGUAAAGUGCUUUCACUGUGGAGGAGGGCUAACUGAUUGGAAGCCCAGUGAAGACCCUUGGGAACAACAUGCUAAAUGGUAUCCAGGGUGUAAAUAUCUGUUGGAACAAAAGGGACAAGAAUAUGUAAACAAUAUUCAUUUAACCCAUUCAUUUGAGGAGUGUCUGGUAAGAACUACUGAGAAAACACCAUCACUAACUAGAAGAAUUGAUGAUACCAUCUUCCAAAAUCCUAUGGUACAAGAAGCUAUACGAAUGGGGUUCAGUUUCAAGGAAAUUAAGAAAACAAUGGAGGAAAAAAUUCAGAUAUCUGGGAGCAACUAUAAAUCACUUGAGGUUCUGGUUGCAGAUCUAGUGAAUGCUCAGAAAGGCAGUACACAAGAUGAAUCAAGUCAGACUUCAUUACAGAAUGAGAUUAGUACUGAAGAGCAGCUAAGGCGCCUGCAAGAGGAGAAGCUUUGCAAAAUCUGUAUGGAUAGAAAUAUUGCUAUCGUUUUUGUUCCUUGUGGACAUCUAGUCACUUGUAAACAAUGUGCUGAAGCAGUUGACAAAUGUCCCAUGUGCUACACAGUCAUUACUUUCAAGCAAAAAAUUUUUAUGUCUUAAUCUAACUCUAUGGUAGGUGUGUUAUGUUCUUGUUAUUGCCCUGAUUGAAUGUGUGAUUUGAACCGACUUUAUGUAAUCAGGAUUGAAUUCCAUUAGCAUUUGCUACCAAGUAGGAAAAAAAAAUGUACGUGGCAGUAUUUUAGUUGGCAAUAUCUUUGAAUUUCUGGAUUUUUUAGGUUAUUAGCUGUAUUAUUUAUCCAAUUUUUUUACUGUUAUUUAAUUUAAACCCUAGACUAAGAAGCAUCAUAUUAUAACUGAUCACAAUGGGUAUUCAUAGUAUACUGACUUAAUUUCUAAGUGUAAGUGAAUUAAUCACCUGGAUUUUUUAUUCUUUUCAGAUAGGCUUAACAAAUGGAGCAUUCUGUAUAUAAAUGUGGAGAUUACAGUUAAUCUCCCCAAUCACAUAAUUUGUUUUAUGUGAAAAAGGAAUAAAUUGUUCCACAGUGGUGGAAAGAUAGAGAUUAUUUUUAGA